UCUGACGCAGAAAUCCCUCUUGGAAGAAAAAGAAAAACAUGGCUUACGUGCAAGUACAUAGAACCAACUUAGAAGUUGAUGAUUUCCUUGUAAGAGAGAUCGAGAAACUCAGAAACUCAAUCAUGGAGAGCUUGCAAGAUGAGAAGCAGAUUAUGGUGGAUCCACUUUCGCUGAAAGGUUCUUCUCCUACACAAGGGUACCUUGAGAGUUCCACCAUGCUUCCAACCAUAAUCACAACUUCAUCAUCUAUAAUUCUGCACCCUCCACCACUUCAACCUCCAAAGCCAAGAUUCUUGAGCAGGAGUCUCCCAAAUUCUGCUAACUCAUCACCUCGUUUUGCUUCCAAGAAGAAACCAAAAGGUGAGAGCGCAGAAUCACAACGUGAAGAAGCUGGUAACUUAACUCACAAGCUUCAGCAUUUCCCUGAAAAGGUGCGUUUAAAGAAGAGCAAUUCAUGUGGUGAAGCAACAGCACAUGCUCCCUCAGAUGAAUUUGAUCACUGGUUGAGUCAACUGAGUAAACUGAGUGCAAUGGAGCAUGACAAGUGGUACCAUGAAAACUUCUUCAAAACUGAAGCUGUCAGAGAAAGUCCCAAGAGUGUUAAGCUUAAGCACGUGAAAACCCUAGAUGAUGAUGAUGGAUUCAAAUGCAGUGCUCUUUGCCUUUAUCUACCAGGCUUCGGAAGUGUUAAAGAAAAGCUGGUUAAGAUAAAGAGAGAAGAAUCAGAAAAGGGUGGUAAAGUAAUGUCUAGAACAGUUUCCUUGGAAAAUUUUGAGUGUGGUUCGUGGUCUUCUGCAGCAAUACCUAAUGAGAUUGAAGGAGACUGCACCAACUCCUACUUUGAUCUUCCAAUAGAGUUGAUGAAGUGCAGUUCCAGUAAAGUGCACUCUCCCAUUGCUUCACCUUUUGUUCUUGACAGAGACCACCUUAAAGGGAUUCUGAAGAACGGUUCUUGUAGAGGCAGUGUUAGAAAAUCAGAUGCAUCACCUCGCCAUGUUCGGUUUUCUACAUCUUCUGCAUCGCAACCUGCUUCUCCAGUAACCUGCAUCUCUCCUCGUUUGAGAAAAGCUAGAGAAGAUUUUAAUGCCUUCUUAGCAGCAGCACAAACGGCAUGAUUUAUGCAA